AUGACUUUCCAAGACAAAUCGCCUGAUAUCGUGCAGAAAAGUUCAGAUAAUUCGAUAGAGAUGUUAGGUUCCGCAGACCGAAGACGACUCCAAAAUCGCCUCAAUCAACGUGCGAGCAGAAAAAGGAAGGCGUUAGAGUCUAAAAAACACAAAAUACCAGACAGGAAAUGGGUUAUCUAUAUCGAAGAUCCAAACAUUCCAAAAAAGGGCGCAUUCACAAGAGAAGCAACAAGCCAUCAAGUCGCUAAAUUAUCAUCGCCUCCCUGCCAAAGCGAAGAAUAUCUACGUCAUUUCAAAUCUAUCCAACGCGAUGAGGUUAUGAACAAUCUCCAUGCAAAAACUUUGCAUAUGAUCGAGAACCCAGUUCUCUCACCAAAUCCCACCCUGCGCGCCACUCAGUGCAGUGUAAUUCGAGCGAUGUUAGUCAACGCCAAUCUUAUGGGCCUCACAAUCGAACUUCUCGAGGAAGACCUUGCAUCGCAGUUCAAUCUCGUCGGUCCAUCGACGCUACAUCUCCCACCAAGCCUGUAUCCAUCUCAAAAGCAAAGGAACAUCAUCCACCACCCCUGGAUCGAUUUGAUUCCAAUGUUGUCCCUACGAGAGGCCCUCUUGGAUAGAUCAGAUGUAAUUGAUGAAGACGAAAUAUGCUGCGAUUUCUAUGAAACCCAUGAUUCUUCGCAGGAAGUCGGACUUCGUGUUUGGGGCGAAGCUUGGGAUCCAUCUGCAUACGAGGCUUCGGAGUCAUUGAUCAUGAAAUGGAGUUGGUUGGCGAAAGACUGUCCAGAUAUAAUUGAAUCUUCUAAUCAUUGGAGAAAACAGCGAGGGGAGAAGCCCAUCGUGUUCAAAACAAUCAAGUGA